AAAUGGCGACUUUUCGCUCUGCGGGUGAUCGCUAAGGCGAUUCCCGAUCAUCCUUCUUUUCUUCUCUUUUCCGGAGGAAUUUUCCGGCGAUAUUCUUUAUUUGUAAAGGUUUUUUCAACGGUUUCACUCUGCCUGUUGACUUCCAUGGCAGUUGUUGGAUUCCUAUUUUCCCGAGGGGUAACUUCCAAUCCCAACCGCCAGGAACCCAAUUCUAUAAAUUUCCCAAUUUCUGUCUUCGAUUUAACAUUCCUUCAUUCCGAUUAAUUCAAUCACAAACAGAACCAAUAACAAUGAGUGAUCUCCGAAAGUCAAUUCAGGAUCUGGAUUUGGGCAUCGAUGAUGCACCACUAACUCUACCCCGGGAAUUCAUUGCAAGGGCUGCUUCUGUCAACCGUUUUGCUCUGGUCGUCACCGCUGUUAAUCCACAGAAGCAGAACCUCAGAGCAAUGAUCACCCAAAUGCCAAGGGUUUGGGGCCUUGAAAAUUCUUGUGUUGGUCGGGUCCUCGGGAAUGGAAAAGCACAAUUUGUGUUUCAGAACGAUAAAUCGAUGAAUUUGGUGCUCCGCAGGAAUCGAUGAAUUCUUGUGUUGGUCGGGUCUUUCAAUGAUUGGAUGGUCUCGGUCCACCGAUGGUACCCCAACAUAACAGACGAAGAGAUGAAGAUAAUUCAUUUCUGGGUGCAGAUCAAAGGACUUCCAUUGUUGUAUCUCACUGGGGAUAUGGCCAAAUCCAUUGGAAACAAAUUGGCGCCGGUUACAGAUGUGGACUUUGAUGUGAAUCGGGUGGAUUUUGUCAAGGUCAGUAUGUCUUGGAACUUCAAUUCACCACUGCGCUUUAAAAGGAACAUUCAGUUUGGAUUUGAAGAGAAUUCCAUCAUUCAGUAUCGCUUUGAGAGGCUCUGCAAUUUUUGUACAAAAUGUGGAUCGUUGAAGCACGAUGUGAAAGAUUGCACUUUGGACUAUGAAGACGAUGAUCCGGAUAUCCAAAGUGGAGAGGAUGAUGAUGACAUGGAGGGGAGAGACGUUCCACAGCAAGAAAUUUCUGAGGCAAACACUAUGGAGACCAUUGACCUGCAUGAUUUAAUCCCGGGUUUGCAGAUGCAUAGGGAUGACAACACGCCUUCUGGUUUCCCAAAGAGAAAACAUGAGAUAUUGGAGAUUUCAAGGAUGUUUUCAAGUAUUUAUGCUUCAAGGAUGAAUAAUGUGUUUUCAAGCAAAAAAGAGUAAAAGACGAUCAAAUCCCGUUUCAAGACAGUUUAUGUGCCUCAGAAGUAUGGCAUCCGUUUGAGGUCUUACCGAUUAGAAAAUCAAAAGAUCUCGGUAGCUAUGGAAAGCUAGGAGAGUCAAGAUUCACCUCAAAGUGGAAUCGGAGCUUUUCAACGAGCCAAUAGGAAGUUAUGCCCUGAAGAGGGAAGACAUGUCCCGAACACCCAGACAGCUUCGCGACCGGUCCGGAGCCUUCUGACGCCCCCGGUCGUGAAUGCCCGUGCCCGAGCUUCAAUUCGUAACUUACUAAAGGAUGUAAGGUUUUGGUCAUCAAAGUUUAAAGAGAUCCGUUUUGCUUUUAUAAGACGAUCAUGUAAUGAAGCAGUUCAUGUGCUUGCAAGAUAUAGUUGUAAUAAUUCUGUAAAACCACCAAUAUGGUUGGAACACAAAUUUUGUAGUGACUUUCAAAUAUAGA